AAACCGUAACCGCAAUCUUAAGAUACUAAAUUAUUACGGAUAUUUUAGCGGUGGUCGAGAUAACUUUAGGAUAUGGAUAACGAUUGCACCAAGAAUGGUUGUGGAAUCUUGAUUAUUGCAUAAAGGAACCGGGUUAUAACGGGAGGUUGCUCUCACGAAGCCAAGGAAAGAGUGCACGCUUGUUUCACUAUGCCAGAAAAAUGUUCCCGAUUUUCUGAUGUAAAUAUUAAUUCUUUUUGUGAACUCGGAGCAUGCAGAACAAACUGUAAAAAAAAUGUCAACUGUUUCUCUCAAUUGGGCGAAAAAUUUUGGUUUAGUGAUAUUAAAGAGACUUAUUGGGUUAGCCCCAUUGAUAGUGAGUCAGAAAGAAGAAUAAAGGGAAAUCAUGUAGGAUUAAAAAAUCUUGGAGCCACUUGUUAUGUUAACACAAUUUUGCAGCUUUCAUUUCAUAAUAAAGCAUUUCGUUCUGCAAUAUAUCAAUGGAAAUUUUCUGACGGUUUUGUACCUAAGUUGAUAGUCAAAGACAGUAAUGCAGAUGCAUCUAAAUCUCUUCUAUUAGAAUUUGAUGACAAUCAAACCAAUAAAAUUUGUGGAAACCUUCAAUAUUUGUUUGCAUUACUUGAAUUAAGUAAUAGAAGAUAUGUAGAUCCUUCAUCUUUUGUUGAAUGUCUUGGAUUACAAACAAAUGAACAGCAAGAUGCUCAGGAGUUUAGCAAACUUUUUAUUACACUUCUUAAUAAUGCAUUUUCUUCUCAAGAUGGUUUUCUUUCUAAUAUAAUUCAUUCACAGUUUGGUGGACAAUAUAAGUAUGAAACUAAAUGUAAUGUGUGUCUGAACAAAUCAGUCACAUGCUCAGAUUUUUAUGAGCUUGAUUUAAAUGUUAAAGGUCAUAGUUCAUUGCAUGGUUGCUUAAAAGAAUUCUUGCAAGAAGAAAUCAUGGAAGGUGAAAACCAAUAUUUUUGUUCUAUUUGUUGCUGCAAGCAAAAUGCUUUACGUAAAAUUGUAUUGGAGAAAUUGCCACCUGUUUUGAAGCUAAAUCUUCUUCGAUUUGUGUUUGAAAGAGAAACUGGAACAAAGAAAAAAAUUAAUACAGCUCUUAAUUUCCCUGAAACUAUUGACAUGGGGAAGUACAUAAAGUUUGACAAUCCUGAAGAUGGGCUCUAUCAUUUGUCUUCUGUGUUGAUUCAUCGGGGACUUAGUGCACAUUCUGGUCAUUACAUUGCUCAUAUCUAUGAUGAAGAGAAUAAUAUAUGGUGUCGUUUUAAUGAUGAAGAGGUUACCAUAAUGAAGGGAAAAACAUUGCAACUUGGGGUUGAAGAUAAUUUAGAAGAUUUUGGUGAAACGAAAAGUAAGAAACCUCGAAAGUGUGACCAAGAUACAAAAAAUCACAAUUCUAAAAAUGCUUACAUGCUUGUGUACACCAAGACUGUUGGUUAUUUAAAGAGUAACACAUUUUCUGAAGUUCCAAACUUUAUGAAGCAAGCUGUAGAAAAAGAUAAUCAGCUUUUUGACACUUGGGUUUCAGAGCAAAAUAACAGCAGGAAAAUUGCUAUAAAUGCAGGUUUGGAAAAGAAAAAGUCAAUCCAAACAAUAUUUGAGCGCUUGAUAGUUCAAAACAAUGAAAGUUUUGAAUGGAUUUCAGUUAAAUGGUUAAAAGAAUGGUUGAAUCAUGAAAACAGAUUGGUUCCACCAAUAGAUAAUACUGAAUUAAUGUGUAUUCAUGCAUUUGCUGAUCCCAAUAAACUAAAUCAAAUGAAAAGAAUUUCUUUUGAAGCUGCUGAGAUUCUUUUUGAUAAGUAUGGUGGGUUGCCUCGUCUGAAAUCAAUUUGUGCUGAUUGUUUAGAAUUUGAAAAAAAAAAAGAAGAAUUUGAAGAAGAAUUAAAUGAAGAUAUAAAGAUAUUAAACUAUCUACUGAAACCAAAUAAUAAAGUAAGUUUAGAGAAUGGAAAGAGCUAUUGGGUAGGAAAAAAAUCUUUAAAGAAAAUUAAGUUAUUAGCACAACAAGAGUUUGUUAAAUGCAAAACAUCGGUUUGUCAAGCAAAUGAAGAAACAAUUGGAAAAAUCAAUGUGGAAAUUCACGGAAAAUCUAAGAUUGAAAAUUUUAAAAGUGUAACAUUUUUUAAUGAAGACUGCUUAUGUUCACAUGGAGACCUAUGUAUAUCAGAAGGUUCACGAAAACUUGUUUCAGAAGAAGUGUGGUGUAAAUGUAGAAAAUACUUUCCAAAAGCUCCUGAAUUUUUAUCGUGCGCACAACCAUGUGAAUUAUGUGCUAUAAAUAAAAGUACACACAAUGAAGAAAGCGCAGCGUUAAAAUUAUUAGCUGUUCAACAAAAGCAAGCGUUGCAUUUUCUACUUGAAAAUCCGAUUAAUCGAAUGGCACAAUUAAUGCAGCAGAAUGGAAUUUAUCAUAUUAUCCAAUAUUCCUUUAUUGAUGCAUGGAAGAAAAGUUUUAGAGCUCCACAUAAAGCCUUACUAACAAAUGUGGAUAAUUCCGAUAUCAUUUGUGAACACGGUCUUUCUUUAUAUCAAGCUGAAGAGCUUAUAGAUGAAGCUUGCAAAAGUGAUCCACAAGUUUACAUGAUUUCUGCAAGCGAGCAAAAUUUAAUUAUGAACUUUUUAUCAUUCUCACAUCAUAUAUCUGUCAGUGUUUCUCAGUUAGAUAACUGUGACUCAAAAAUAUUUGCAGUUAUGCCAGAUUAUUGUGUGGAAUGUAGAAAUAUGCGUCUUGCUGAAGAAAUUUUUGAUUCUCAGCAGUAUAAAUCUGCGCAUAUUUAUGUAACACGUCGAGUUGUUCCACAGGGUCAAAUAAAAAAUAUCAAACCCAAUUCAAAAAUUGAUUGCGACACGGAAUGUAAAGUGAUGAUAAGCCCAAUUGAAAAAUCAGUUAAUAAUAAGUUUUUAAAAAGAAGUUUAGAGAAAAUUUCAAAUGAUGAAAAUAGAAGAAGUGCACGAAGACAGAUCCAAUUUGGAGAGCAAAUGUUUCGAGUAGAUUCAGACAACACAUUGAAGCAAUUAAAAAUACAGUUGAUGCAUCGCUUUUCUGUUCUACCUAUGGAUCAAACAGUUAUGUUAGCAGAUGGUACAUUAUUGGAUGAUGAUAGUAAAAGCUUACUUGAAUUGGGUAUAAAAGUAGGCUCUCAUUUAGUUUUGGAAGUGCAAAAAAUUGACCCUGAAAAUGAUAUUACACAUGAGCCAGUAAAAUCUCGAGCUUUAGAAGAAGGUUUCAAAGGUACAAGUUUGCUCAGUGGUUUGUAAUACCGUUUAGUGUUUCAUCAGUGGACGAAGUUACUAUUUAUUCACAAAUAAAAAAAGUUUGCUUGCUAAAA